AUGUCAACUGUCAUCCUCGGGGGAGGAAUCAUUGGUUCCUCCAUCGCCUACUAUUUAUCCGAAUCCCAACGAGCCGGAGACGUUCAUAUCAUCGAGCCGUCUUCACGACUAUUCAGCGGCGCAUCUGGCUAUGCUGCAGGCUUCCUCGCAAAAGACUGGUUCGCGCCUUCUCUUGCUCCUUUGGGCGAGCUUUCGUUCAAUCUACACGAAUCUCUAGCAGCUGAGAAUGGUGGCUCAGAGAAAUGGGGCUACAUGAAAGGCACAGCUUUGAGUCUGGCUCCUAGCGUGGGCAGCGAAAUGGGCCUUCACGGUGACGACUGGCUCGAUGCAGGUGCUAGUCGAUCCGAGACUGCUGUUGGAUCAAGUGAACCAGCUACAGUUGAAGUCCCAAAGUGGUUGACUAGGCAGAAGGGUAUGGCGUUGGAGAGGAUUAGUGAUGAUGAUACUGCCCAAGUUGAUCCACUAAGACUUUCCACGUUUCUCAUGAACUCUGCAAUUUCUCGUGGGGUCCAACUUCAUCAACCUGCCAAAGCCGUCUCACUUGCUAGAGGUAGAGACAGUGAAAUCAUCACAGGGGUCACGAUCUUGAACCUCGGGACGGAUACGGAGACUACUAUACCAUGCACGAACCUGAUUGUGUGCGCAGGUCCUUGGACCCCACAGGCAUUUCAUGAUCUCUUUCCAUCCUCUCAGCUCGAUAUACCUGUUUCUUCUCUAGCGGGGUACUCCCUUGUCCUCCGCUCCCCACGAUAUACGCCAGAGCAUGAGCAGAAAUUACAUGGCGGCCGCAGCCAUGCUAUCUUCGCCGAAAGUCCUGCCUCGUCGGGGAUCAGUCCGGAGAUCUUCUCCCGUCAAGGUGGUGAGAUUUACAUCGCCGGUUUGAACAAUCCUCGUGCCGAGCUCCCCGUACGCGCAGAGGAUAGUUUGAAUUCCAUGCAACGGAGGGAUCUCGAUAAGCUUAGGGAAAUAUCUGUCCAACUUAUGGGGAAGCUUCAUGAUGAUGCCGUGGAUUUUAACGAAGAGAUUGCUAUUAUCGAUGACCUGGAAGUUAUUCGUGAAGGAUUAUGUUUCCGUCCUAUUUCGCAGUGGGGAACACCGGUAGUGUCAAGGAUAGAGGAUGAAUUAUUAGGGAAAGGCGUCAAGACCCAUCGCGAGGGAGGCGUCUUUCUUGCUUCGGGACACGGGCCCUGGGGAAUCUCAUUGUCUCUAGGAACAGGGAAGGUUAUUGCCGAUAUGGUGAGAGGGGUUCGGCCUGCAGCGGAUGUGAGCGAAUUGGGUAUCUAG